AUGGCAUCGGUUCACAAUGUUGAAGAAACAUUGAAAGACAGCGUUACAGUGAACGAAGAAGCUAAUGGUGGUGAGACUAAUGAAGAGAAUAAUGGACAAGACGAAGAAAAGCAAGAAAAUUCAAGGAUUACGUAAUAACAAGAAUAACUGCAAAAAUUCGACUGGCAAAUGCAAAGAAGAAGUUAUCCGAGCUUUUUGAAAAUAAGUCUGUGGAUGUUUACCAAGUAAAAGUGCUUUGCGUAGAGCAGAAAAAAACAAGGUAAAGACAGAAAUGAACAUAAUUGAGAAAAUUAUAAUUACAAUAAAAGAGAUUUAUUGUGUUAGUGCUGAGGGUAAUAAGACAUUUAUUGAAGCAUUGGACAGGGAGCUUGAGGAAAUUCAAAAUUCAGUUGACGAUAUGUGUGAUGCUUAGAGAAUCAUUUACAACAACGCUUAGCCGUCGGUGAACUAGAAUCUGUAGGGUUUUCAGAAGGAUUUUCCAAGGGUAAAUCACAGCACGCUCCAGUAUCCAGUUCCCCAUCAGAGUUAGAAAAAAGUGUUAAAGAAGCCAAUGAUAAGUUAUUGCAGAUGGAAGAAGAGCAGACACAAAAAGAGAACGAUCUACAAAAGCUAAUGGCAGAAGUUGAAUUGGCUAAGCAACGUACAGAAGAAGCACAGAAAAUAGCUGAGAUAAAUACAGCUAAAGUCACAGUUGCUGAACGACUUUCUGGUCCAAACGAUUUGGAUACUGUUAAGGAAUAUCUAACAAAGAAUGGUUCAUCCCACCAAGUUCCAGUAUUGCCUGCUGUUACACGAGAUCCUGUUCAAAAGGUUUUGCCUAUAAAGCUAAAAGGAGUGAGCGUACCAAGACUCUUGGGAGAUGACAAAGCUGAAUAUGAGCAUUGGAAAGCAGCGUUUAUGUCAAUGGUGGACAGACAGAACAUACCAGUGAGCGAAAAAAUGCUUCGGUUACAGAGUAGUUUGUCAGCGAAAGCACUGACAAUAGUCAAGGAUCUUGGAUACUCAGCAAGUACCUACGAAAGGGCAAAAGAUAAGUUAGAAAAGAAAUAUGGUGGGCAGCGAAGACAACAAAUUAAACACCUAACAACUCUACGAAAUUGGAAAAAGAUUCGAUCCCGCAACCUAGAAGACUUUGAAGAAUUACAAGCUGUCUUGGAGCGUGUUUCGUUAGCUACGAAAGACUGUGGAUCAUUUCAAUUGGAAAGUCUUAAUUUGACUGCUAAGGAGAAGCUGACAGAGGAAGAUGUUCAAUCUUAUAAACAUUGGUUAUUAGAUCACUCCCAGGAGGAUAACUUUGAGUCAUUAUUGGAGUGGAUAGAACUUCGAGUACAAGUAAUGGAAGAGGCAAAGGAGGAGACAUACGGAUUGGGAAAGCAGAACACAUUAAGAAAUGAGAAGAACAAUGGUAUUCGACAAGACAGACAGCGAGCUUGAGGGUACAACACAAGAACAGCAACCAGGCAUUGCAUUGUUGAGAAAUGCAACCAAAACCAUCCUCCAUGGGUCUGUCUUUUGUUUAAAGCACUUGAGGUAUCACAGAGAAAAGAGUUAAUCACCAAAAGUGGCCGUUAUAGAUGCUUGGCAGCUGGUCACCACAGCAGAGACUGCAAGAAAGUUCGAGCAUGUGGUAUCGCAGGUUGCAAAAGUACCAGAUAUAGCAGUUAUUUACAUGAAAGUUCCCCUAGCCAUGGAUCAUUAGGACAAAAUACGGAGCAACAAGGAAAUGCAAUAAAUGGUGUCGAUGGUCAAUCUUCAGGAAGUGAAAGUCAGCUACAACCAGAAGCAUCUUCAUUUAGUCAAAAGGGACUUAGUUCUGAAACAUCCCAAGUGAGAGGAUAUAAAACUAGUAAUUCAGAUAGCGUCUCGUUGAUGAUUCUACCAGCAGUUAUUAGCAAUGGAAAUAGAACGAUACGGGUGAAUGUCAUGUUAGAUACAUGUUCGACGAAUUCGUAUGUCUCAGAAGAGGCAGCCACUCAAUUUGACCAUUUCAGGAACCGGUGGAGCUGAAAUCAAGCAACGUUCACGUUUUGUUGAACUGUUGGUGAGUAGCAUUGAUGGGUCAUUUUCAUCUUCUCUGCAAGCACAUGUUCUAAACAACAUAGCUGGUGACACGCCAUCUAUCCAAUGGUCCAAGAUCAAGGAGAAAUGGUCUCAUCUAAUUGAUGUUCCGUUUGAGCAAGUGUCGAAAUGUCGUCAAAUUGAUGUGAUGAUAGGAAGCGAUCAUCCGUUGUUCCAUUUAGUAUUGAAAGAUGUGAGUGGAAGCCAACCAACUGACCCGAUUGCUCGGUUGACAAAUUUGGGCUGGGUUUGCUUUGGGCCGACCUCGGUGGAAGACCAUCGGAAAGAGUCCCGGGUGCAUUUUACACGGACGUAUCGAUCAUGCCAUAAUCAAGAUAACCAGCAGGAACCACCAAUUGAUGUCCUUCGCCAAUUCUUGGAGUUAGAAUCGAUUGGCAUCAAAGAUCAAACAGACUAUCCUGUGACUGCUGAAGACAGAGCUGCGACUACACAAGUUUCGAGAACACUUAAAUUCAAGGAAGGAAGAUACGAACUUGGAAUGCCCUGGAAGGAUGGUGAACCAAAGUUAGACAACAAUUUCAAAGCCGCUAUGUGUCGUCUGGAGAGUCAAGAAAAGUCAUUGAAAAGAAAGGGUUCAGAGAUAAUGAAGGCUUAUUGUCAGAUUUUCGAGGAUUAUAUAAAGCAAGUACCUAAGUCGGCGGCAUUGGAUCAGUGGUUCUUAUCCCAUUUUCCCGUAAUCAGAUUGGAUAAAUCGACGACCAAAAUUUGUGUCGUAUUUGAUGCAGCAAUGAAAUAUAAUGGGAAGAGUUUGAACGACGUUAUACGGUCGGGGCCUAAGCUUCAGCGAGAAAUAAUAGACGUACUUACACGUUUCCGCAGAGCACCUGUGGCACUCAGCGGUGAUAUAUCUGAGAUGUUCCUACAAGUUGGGAUUCGUGAGGAAGAUAAAAAGUACCACAGGUUCCUUUGGCGUGAUUUUGACCCUACUCAAGAGCCGACCGUCUAUGAGUUUCAGAGAUUAAUGUUUGGUAACACAGCCUCCCCAUUUUGUUCACAAUACGUCAUUCAAACCCAUUGUCAACAACAUGCAGCAGAAUUUCCAGAAGUGGCAGACUCGGUGGCCAAUUCGAUGUAUGUAGACGAUCUUCUAGAUUCCAGUGAGACGGUUGAGAGCGCCCAGAACAUAGGAUGUCAGCUUACUUCUCUUUUAGCAUCAGCAGGAUUCAACCUGAGAAAAUGGGCAUCAAAUGAGACUGCAGUUAUCGAGAGUAUAGCACCAAGUGACCGACUUUCAACAUUGGAUUUCGGCAAAGAGGAGACGUUGAAGAUUAAAACUUUAGGCGUUAUGUGGGAAGCCAAAGAAGACGUUUUUACUUUUCAAGUCAAAUUACCGGAAUCCAGUAAGCCCUUGAAGAAGCGUAAUGUUCUGAGCACAAUCGCUGCUAUCUACGAUCCACUGCAAUUUUUGUCUCCAUUCAUCAUGAGAGCCGAGGUGUUGAUGCAAGAGAUAUGGUUGGCCGGAUUAGACUGGGACCAUGUGUUGCCAAAUAAUCUAGCAACUAACUUGUCACGUGUGAACAUACCCCGUGCUCUUCGACUGGCUAAUCCCACAAAUGUCAACUUGCAUCUCUUUUCAGAUGCAUCUAGAAUGGCGUUUGCCACUGUGGCAUACUUGGUGUGCCUUUAUGACGACAGCAUGUUAACAUCCAGACUUAUUGCCUCAACGUGUCGUGUUGCACCUGUUAAGGCCAUUACCAUACCUCGUUUAGAGCUCAUGGGUGCCCUUCUGUCAUGUUGCCUCGCUCAACCGUCUUCUUAAAGUGCUCACUGUCAACAGAGUAUUCUUUUGGACAGAUUCCGAAAACGUCUGGUACUGGGUACAUAACCAAAGCAAGGAAUUCAAGCCUUUUGUGGCAAAUCGAGUGGGAGAGAUUCAGCGCACCACAAACCCAGACCUAGCGACCAGAGGAAUGUCGGUUGCAGAACUCGUCAACAGUGUAUUUUGGACAGAAGGUCCACAAUUUGAGACAUUAUGGCCAGCAAGUCCCAGCAGAAAUCCAAAAGCACUGGACGGUUGCGAAAAGCGAGUUACCCAGACGUUUGUGACAAAUACCGGAGGUGCAGAUUUUAUUAACCCACGGCAAUUUUCAAGUUUCAGACACCUGUGUCAGGUGACGGCAUGGAUACUACGUUUUACGACCAAUGCGAAACGGUCGCACAAUGCCAGAAAUAAAAGUAACAUUCUUUCAUUUACGGAGAUUGUACAAGCUGAGAAAUUCUGGAUAAGACAAGCUCAAGGAGAAGCCUUUCCUAGAGCUGAAAAGGAUCCAACGUUGCUACAGUUACUACGACGAUACUAUUGCUACGACGAUUUUUAAAGAAGACCGGACAACAAAUGAUGGCUCCGCUUCCGAGACCAAGACUGGAAUCAUUGCAAGCAUUCGAUAAGAUUGGAGUUGACUAUGCGGGACCUUUUUUGACCAAACAAGGACGUGAAACAAAGAGAGCCAAGCGGUACUUGUGUUUGUUCACAUGUCUGGCUACGCGAGCCGUACAUCUAGAAAUGGCUUACUCGUUAGACAGUGAUUCCUUUAUUAAUGCAUUUGUUCGAAUGGUUUCCAGGAGGGGGACACCGAGUUACGUGGUUAGUGACAACGGGACUAAUUUCGUCGCGGCUGAACGGGAGUUGUGGGAGCUAAUCAAGAACCUGGACCAAGAAAAGAUUGUGCGCGAGACCACCAAGUACCAACCGAUUACGUGGAAGUUCAACCCGCCAUCUGCACUGCAUUUUGGUGGAGUGUUUGAAGCCUUGAUCAAGAGUGCAAAGAAAGCCAUUAAAAUCAUUUUGGGUGACGCAGAUAUUCGAGACGAGGAGUUGCAUACGGCCAUAUGUGGCGCUGAAGGGAUGAUAAACUCGAGACCGAUAACUUAUGUAAGCGCGGAUCCAAAUGACCUGUCACCGCUUACUCCGAAUCACUUAAUCGUUGGCCAGAUUGGAGGACGAUUUGCACUGGAAGCAGUAGAUAAAGAGGAAGUUUAUAACCCAGUGCGAAGAUGGCAUCGAGUCCAGCAACUUCUACGAUUAUUCUGGAAACGGUGGAGGAAGGAGUUUCUUCCCAGCUUAAACGUAAGAAAGAAAUGGUUCCACCCCCAUCAUAACUUGAAGCCUGGGAGAUGUUGUUCUUAUUGCAGAGCCUAAAGCAAGUCGCGGAGAUUGGCCCCUUGGUCGAAUACUGGAAGCGUAUCCUGGUAGUGACAGACUAGUAAGGACUGUUAAACUCAAAUCACGAGAUAAGGAGUACUUUUGCCCAGUUCAUCGCUUAUGUCCUUUGGAAUAUGUACAUGCAUAACUUACGUAAAACACUAAAGUUUAGCAAAUCUUGUGACUGACAGUUUGUUAUAGAUCAUCUAGCUGUAGCAAUGGACUACAUUUAUUUACAUUAUUUGACUUAUAUUGUUGAACUGCAAUUCGCUGUUUAAGAACGAAUGCUGUGGCAUUCGGGAGGGGGAUGUUACUACACGAAGUUUUAUGACAUAUUAUAGCCGCUGUGCUCGUUGAUCGCGGGAGACUUUUGUUUUGAGAAAAAAUAUUGCACAUGUUGUAAUUUUAGACAGACUUUUUGUGGUUAUUUGUGUAUAUAAGAGACGGUUUUAUUUCGAUAAAACAGGCGAUAAAGUGUCAGUUUCAGAUCGGGAAACACUGAUGGUCAUUUGGGAAUUGCAGCACUCAUGAGUAAGUAUAAAAUAGUUGUACAUUUAUGAGUGAGAUUUGAGAUAAUAAUACAAAAAUAUAUGAGAGAUACUGUAUCAUGCUAUCUAUCGAACUUUGUUCUGAAAUUGGUAAGUUUGUUGUGGAGUUCAAAAGUUCACAUUGAAAUUCUCAAGAUGGUUUGUAAUUGGCUACCCCAACUAAAGGACCAAUCAAAGGCUUCAUUUACUAACCGGUUUGAGAAUGUCAAUAUGAACUUUUGAACUUUGCAACAAACAAGUAAAAUGUCACCAGUGGCAUAGCCAGCCCAACAAUUCAGUCCUGUUAUGCAAAUAUUGCCAUGUUUACAAACUAUCAACACAAUCAAUUCCUAAAUUGCAUAGCGGUACCAAAUCGUUGGGCUGGCUACAUCACUAAAUAUAACAUGUGAUCAUGUUGUGUUGAAUCUGUGUAUAACAAAUAACUUUGAGCAAAGCAGAACCUUUUUUAACUAUAUAAUUUGGGGGAGGGGAAAGCCCCCCACCGUCCAGCCCCCAUGGUUACAACAUAAUGUAACACUACAUUAUAUAUCCAAAAAUACAGUCCCCCUGCUAUUACAUACGACACUACACUAAAUGUUUUCUCACCAACAACCAUCUGUCAUCUCUCCACACUUAGUAUAGUAUGAUCCCUUUCUGUAGAUGCUUCCCCCACAUACACAGACAAAUUCUUAAAAAGGCCCUCUGGCCCUGGAGCAAUUCAUUAUUUCAUAAUGCAAUCCAAUAUUUUACUCAUUUUUAAAUAAACAUUGAAUGAUUCUAAACUGUAUAGCCUACUACUGUAUGUAUGUUGCUGACUAGCUCACUCAUCAAUUAAAUUUCUUUCGAAUUAGAUCAUUUCUUAAAGUGCAGUGCCAAGGACCAUGAUAAGAAAAAACAGAAGCAGAGGGACAUGUUUCAAGCCGUACCUAAGCGAAGUGCUGCAACCGAUACGAAUGGAAAAAGGCAAAAAAUGGUUGAAGACCAGGAAGGACAGGAAGUCGAUUCUGACAUCAACAUUUCCGACAGUGAAAAGUAAUGAGUGUUGUCAUUGUAGUAAAGUAAAUUAAUAUUAUUCUUUGUGUGUUCUUUUUUAUUUACUGUAACAUAUUGUUCAGGUUUUUUACUCAUUUCUACAUGGACCAUAUGACAAUUGACAAGCUGACAUAAGUCAUUUUAUUUAGUUAAAAUAAAUUAGGUUAGGAUUAGAAUCAGCGUUCUUCUAUGGUCUCUAUGGCUAGGGAAAGUUUUGAAACAUUUUAACAGCGUCGUCAUAUCAGCUUGAGUAUCUUUGAGAAAUGGAAGCAAGUAACGUCCUCAUUCUUAACCCAGGUGACACUAAAGACAUGAUGUACUGUACUGUUUUCAUCUAGAAACUAUGACUCAGGUGGAAGCGAGGGAGAGUAUGAUUCCAACAAUUUAUCCGAAAGCAAUAGCUUGACUUCUGACCAAGAACUAAACGAGCAUCGUAUGGAUACUGUGGAUCACAUUGGCUGCUCCUGCAUUGAGGAACCUCAACCUGAUGAAGUGUUCGACACAGACCUCACAGGUAAUGUUGACCCUGACGAUCUAUUCACUGUCCACGUAGCUGUUGAGAACGCCGAUCCAUUGUGUAUCAAGAUACAGGACCUUACACACGGAGGAAAAAUCUCAAAAGACAAAUUUUUUUACAAAUACCUCGGUGAUGUAGUAGAGAUUAUGUACAAUCCAUUUCACAAAUACGAUAGAGAAGUUGUCGAAUUUUUUAAUAUGAUAACUUAUCUUGGAGGCAGACGAACUGCUUGUUUCAUAAGAGGUCCAAUGAACUUGGGCGAUAGCAGAAACAGUCAUGUCAGUCUAACCGAGAAAAAAAUGAAUCUUGGAGGACCUUCGGAAACUAUUUGA